CUCUGUUUUCUAAACCAGUCAAUCUCAUUUCCUCUAACCAGUUCUUUUUCUUUGUUCCGAAACCCUAAUUUUUUGUGCUUUAACCUAAACUUGCUAAUUCUGUUUGUUAUUGGAACUUUGCUCGAUCUAGUUUCCGAGUUCCUGCGAAUCAGAUUCGUUUACCUAAAUCGUUUUCGGGAUAAAACAGUGCCCUUGGAACUCAAUCGGGCAGGGUAGAAGGUUGUGUAUGUGACCUUUGAAGGGAUUGGAUAGUUUGAUGUGACAACUAUGUUGCUGCUUAUUUUCUUGCAUUGAGAAGGUUUGACAAGUAUCAAUAUAGUUUCCCAACCUUUUUCUUCAUUGAUGUUUUGAAUAUGAUUAGCAGGGAGUAUUUCAAUGACCAGUAGUGGAGGAGGGAGCAAGGGGUUUCAACAAGUGAAUAGUUGCGUGAAAGCUGAGUAUCAGGGAGAUGUGAAUGGAUUUGUGGGUAUUGAACCAGGUUCACAUGGAGAUGAUGAGUCGAGAACUAGGAGAGUUGAUGAAAAUGUGCAAGAUGGAUGCAACCAGGUGACAGUGCAAGAGAAUGCUGCUCCUCAGCAACAACUUCAAGGGUCGCUGGUCCACUGGGAGAGGUUUCUGCAUGUUAGAUCCAUUAAGGUCAUGUUGGUGGAAGAUGAUGAUUGUACACGUCACAUUGUCACUGCAUUGCUUCGCAACUGUAACUAUGAAGUUAUUGAAGCAGCUAACGGAUUUCAAGCCUGGAAGAUUUUGGAAAAUCUAUCCAAUCACAUUGACAUCGUGUUAACUGAAGUAGUCAUGCCUUGUCUUUCAGGAAUUAGUCUUUUAUGCAAGAUUAUGUGCCACAAGACACGCAAGAAUAUCCCUGUGAUUAUGAUGUCUUCUCAUGAUUCAAUGGGUUUGGUUUUUAAGUGUUUAUCAAAAGGUGCAGUAGAUUUUCUAGUGAAGCCAGUUCGGAAAAAUGAGCUUAAAAACCUUUGGCAGCAUGUCUGGAGGAGGUGUCACAGUUCUAGUGGUAGCGGGAGUGAAAGUGGCACACAGGCCCAAAAAUCUGUAAACUCAAAAAGCAAUUUAAGGUACGAUGACAGCGGCAACAAAGAUGGGGAUGAAAAUGGGAGCACCAGUGGUGGUAGUGAUGAUGGUAGUGGCACUCAGAGUUCUUGGACCAAACAAGCUGUUGAACCUGAGAGCCCAGAAGCAGCAUCUCCAUGUGACCAAAUAGCUGAGCAUCCAGACAGCACUUGUGGCCUCGUUAUCCGUCCUGUACAAACUCAAGCAACAAGAGACAUUAAUGAUCAAGAAGGACGACCCUAUAAUGAUGGGAAGGCCAAAGAGAUUGCAGAAAUGCAAAUUCAGUCUACAAUUGAGGUUCCUAUAAAACAUAACGGUAUAAAACAGAACACUCAUCAAGUAUUUGACCCCACAUUGAAUGUUAAAAGUAAGGGCAUGGGGAUUUCAGAUAUCAGACGGGAGCACACAUUGACCAAACACAAAGCUGAUGAUAGCAAAAUGCCUGAAUCUUACAUGGAAAAUGGGGAACUUGAGGGUCAAGGAGAACCUGAAAAGAUUAUGGAUGCAAAUACCAAGGUUGUUGAUGAUUCUAAUGGAGUAAUAGUGGGUGAGCCUGGCUUGAAGAGGCCCCGGGCAACUAAACAUGAUGGGAGAGAAGUUCAGAAUGGCUGCAAUAUAUUGAGACAUUCAGAGCUUUCAGCCUUCACAAGGUACAAAAUAACCUCAAAUGCUGUAAAGGAUGCCCCUGGAAUCACUGCUAGCCGUUCUCAACCUGAUAAUAGAUCAAACACUGUGAAGAAAGAAUCCAAGCAUGAUGCACAUUCAGAUGGAUAUCUUAUUUAUCAAGGCUCGAGUGAGCAAGUCAUACCAAGGAAGGCUGAUGCUGGUGUGUUGCACCAAGAGCACCGUAUUCAACACAUUCAUCACCAUCACCAUGUUCAUCAUUAUCAUAACAUAGAUGAAGAGGAGCCAUUGUCCAAUCAUGGUGAUUUUGGUUUAAACAAGUUGGGUGCAGAUGCUCCACAUUGUGGGUCAUCAAAUAUCAUGGGUGGGCCUGUUGAAGGUAACCUUGAAACUUAUAGUUUGAACAGAAGCGCCUCAGGCAGCAAGCAUGGAAGCAAUGUGCAGAUCGGGAGUAACACUGCUGUGAAUUUUGAAGCCACAAAUGUAGAAAGUGAUGUUGGUUUAGCCAGGAAAAGUGGAAGUGGUGAUGCUAGUGGGAGUGGGAAUGGGAGUGGUACCAGAAAUAGAAUAGAUCAACACAAAUCUGCACACAGAGAAGCAGCCUUGACUAAGUUCCGCCAAAAGAGAGAAGUUCGAUGCUUCCAAAAGAAGGUGCGAUAUCAAAACCGAAAGAAACUGGCAGAACAAAGGCCACGUGUCAGAGGACAAUUUGUCAAGGGAACUAGUCAGGAUGGUUCAUCUAAUGCUGCUGGUGACUAGUUUAACAUGCCUGAAAGCUAUGUUUGCAAGAAGAUGGAAGUCUGUGUACAGGAAGACUCAGGUGGUUGGAGUUUGUAUAAUUUGUGUGGUUUAAAGGUUUACUCAUGAAAUCAUUUUUCGGUUGCUAGAAACUUCAACAAUAACAUAAUAACAAUAAGUUGAUUUUUCUCGA